UCUUAUAUCUAACAUGGGCUGACCCCAUCCGUGUCAGACCACACUCCAAGUGGUAAAGACAUCAAUUCCUGUUCCUGUCGAUAACACCAUCAAUGACCUCACACCAUGCACGACGAACCCCAACCCCAGCCCUGGUCUCGACGCAGUUCCUUCUCCGAAAAGGGUAAAGACAGUCAGGAUGAUGGCGAACCGGUUGUCCCCGCCUUCAAUAAUGGUGUCGAUGUAGAGACACGGCCCGACGGCAAACGUGAGUUGAAAGAAAAUGAUUGCUAUGACAAGUUGGCCUAUUGCUGGCCCCGAUGGAAGAAAUGGAUGUAUCUGGCCGCCAUUGCGGGGGUCCAGGUCUCCAUGAAUUUCAACACCUCCGUCUUUCCGAACGCCGUGACCCCCCUGUCAAAAGCAUUCCACAUUGGUGAACAAGAGGCCCGCACAGGGCAGAUGAUCUAUCUGAUCACCUACUCCAUUGGGUGCGAACUGUGGGCACCAUGGAGUGAGGAGUUUGGCCGCUGGCCCAUUCUGCAGCUCUCCAUGUUCCUUAUCAACAUCUGGCAGAUCCCAUGCGCCUUGGCGCCAAACUGGGGCACUAUUGUUGUUUGUCGUGGAUUGGGUGGAAUUUCAACCGCUGGCGGUAGUGUCACUCUGGGUCUGAUUGCAGAUCUCUACGAACCAGAUAACCAACAAUUCCCUCUGGCCUUCAUCGUCCUAUCAUCCUGCAUCGGAACCAGCAUUGGCGGAGUGAUAGGUGGACCUAUCGAGCGAUACCUCGACUGGCAAUGGUUCUUCUGGAUCAUGCUCAUCUUCGGCGUCGUCGUCCAAGUCAUCAUCUUCUUCAUGCCGGAAAGUCGCUCCACGAUCCUCAUCGACCGGGAAGCCAAACGCCGUCGCCAAUCCGGCGAAGACCCCAACGUCUACGGGCCCAACGAGCUCAAACACCCACGUAUCUCCCUCAAAGAAGCGGGCAAGAUCUGGAUCCGUCCAUUUUACAUGUUCCUCCGCGAACCAAUCGUCCUCUGCCUCUCCCUCCUUUCCGGAUUCUCCGACUCCCUCAUCUUCACCUUCCUCGAGAGCUUCUCCAUCGUCUACGAGCAAGGCUGGGGCUUCGGUAUCCUCGGCCAAGCCUGGGCCGUCAUCCCCAUCAACGUCGGCUACUUCAUCGCCUACUUUUCCUACUUCCCGUGGUUCUGGCGCGACGAACACAUCCGCCAAACCAGGGGCGAUGAUGCCCUGCCCGCCGAGCGUCGUCUCAAAUGGCUUCUUUUCCUGGCCCUGCUCGAACCGAUCGGAUUAUUCGGCUUCGCUUGGACAUCCCUCGGUCAAGAAUACGGUGUUCCCUGGAUCGCAUCGAUGAUUUUCUCUGCUCUCGUGGGUAUCGCCAACUACGCCAUCUACCUCUCCUCGGUGGAUUACAUGGUCGCUUCGUACGGAGUGUACUCUGCUUCCGCGACGGGCGGAAACGCCUUCUGUCGUGAUCUGUUGGCUGGUAUUGCGGCGAUGUAUACCACGCCUAUGUAUACCAAUAUUGGAAAUAAGUGGCAUGUCGAGUAUGCUACGACUAUUCUGGCAUGUCUGUCUUGUUUGGUUGUGCUGCCGAUUUAUAUCUUCUAUUGGAAGGGGCCGCAGAUCCGCGAGAGGAGUAAGUUCGCUCAGACGUUGGCUUCGGAUCGGCAGGCGAACCAUGGUCGUCGGGUUAGUAAGGAGGAGGCUGCGCCUUAGAUGUGCAGUGGGUAUCUGCAUUAUGCUGGCGUGAUGUUGAAAAUUGGGAUUACUUUGUAUAUAUGAGUUAUGUUUAGACGACUAUAGAUAUGCUUUAUGAUUGAUAGAG